GGGAAUCGGCCGCUAUAUAUAGAUUUGGUCAUUUUUUGAAUAAAUUUCUGGAGAAGUCACACAGAAAUACAGUGUCCACUGUGCAUCAGCCUCUGAUUUUGAAACGCUACGCCCGCCGGCCAAUAUGUCGAUGGGGAACGAUACGACUUGGGUUGGAAAGAAGCCUCUGAGACGGCUUGGAGGAAUGUCCGAUGCGUUAUCUAUCGCAGCUGAUCUCGGUUUCUCCGUUCCUCCUCCUCCUUCUCAGGAAGACAUACAAAAUUUGUCCAUUACCAAUGGUGACAAGAGUGAUGAGUUGAUAAGAGCCUUAAGAGAGCUUAGCACGGUGCAGAGAAAAAUAGCAGAUUUGCAAGUAGAACUUCAAGGUCGGAAGGAUGAUAAGAAUGUGGCACAUCUAACACAUGUACAUGAAAUGGAGAAGAAGAUUGAAUCUUUGGCAAGGAUUACUACUAUCCUUAAGGAUGUUAUUCAGAAUAAGGAUCGCAUCAUAGCUCGACUUCAACAACCAUAUUCACUAGACUGCAUCCCAGUGGAAGCAGAAUAUCAGAAGGAAUUCUCAGAAUUAUUGCUCAUGGCUGCUAGUGAUUAUGGGGCCCUUACGGCAUCUGUUGCAGAUUUUCAGUGGAGCCAGAAUUUCAAGGAGCCACCAUCUGUAUGGGGGGAAAUGCUCCGACCAAUUCCAGUUGCGCUGGCAUCAUGCACCCGGUUCUUUGAAGCUAUGUCUGCAAUGAGAGAAACGUUUGCCACACUUAAACAAUUGCGUGUUGGUUCUUCAUUGCCCACCACACCUCCCAGGCGUUCUUCUCAAGGGGUGGUAGGAGACUCUGAUUGUGUCACUCCACCUCCUUGGAGAGAGGAACCAAGCUUGGAUGGCAUGGUUAUCAGAAACCACAUGAGGCAAGAGGAAGAAGAUGAGACUAGUGAGGGAGGUGACCCUCAUCAGAUUGAUAGCAUGAGCCAGAGGAGGUUAUCUUGGCCUCCCUCAGUCAAGAAGACUUCUGUAAUCAAUUAGAAAAAAAACCAGAUUCUGUCAUCCAUACUUAUACUCUUUUGUUAAUAUAUGUACAUUUUAUAGAUGGUAUUUAUAUGCUUUCA